AUGGAUUUUCGCCGCGUGGAAUCGAAGUAUUGGAAGCAUGCCCUAUGCUGGCAAGCGGCAUUAACCAUUUGCCUGUUGAGCUUUCUCGUGUACCAGAUCUUCGCGAUCAGUACUUCAGCCAGCACUCCACCGGUCGAAUCAACAGUUGAGGCAUGGCAAGGAGCAGGCAUAUGGGCUGUGUGCGGAGGUACACAGUUGCAUGCAGCCGGCUUCACGAUCUUUGAAGGCGAUCGGGAAUCCCGGAAAGAGGUUGAGAAGACUUUUCCUUUUCAGAUGAAUGCAUCUGUGCGGCCUGGCACAGAAUGCAGCAAAAUUGACUUGACAGAACUGAAGUGGGACACAGAAGUCCAACUCAGACUCUGCGGUCAGUCAGACUCCACAGGACAAUCGUUCUACAUAUGGAGCAAUGACCGAUGGAAGUAUGUCGGACACCUUCACCGAAAGGGCGAAAAGGCCCUGUACUCCUAUCGGAGAAGCAAACAUGGGUGGAACUAUGGGUAUUCAUCCGAAGCGAAGGAGUAUCAUGAUCUUAUCGAAGAGGACCGGUGGCCGGCAGACUGGACGGGACCGGACGGUGGAUGCAAGCAUUGGACCUACUUUGGCACUGGCAGAUCUACUCCAGGUGGUGUGUUUGUCAGCAUUCAAACACCAGUCGUACCAGUCAGCUACAAGCAAGGCUUGUUGCCCCAGAUCUUUAAGCUUGGCGGUAACAUUGGUGGCUGGUGGUCAGUGAUGACAUUGGCCUUUUGUGCCCUGUUCUCCAAGAAAGAUCCUGACAGUCCGGUGGCUCAAAUCUAUGAGGCACGCACCUUUGUAGGCGAGCGAGUUCUAUCCAAGUAUCCUUCGUCCCCCCCCGGCAUUAUUCCGUCGACGGAAUAG